CCAGUUUCGUGCGAUCGCUUCUUGUCCAUCCGUCAUUCGUGCAUUUCCAGUUCCCAGCCCGGCCUUCGUCAUACCUCAACUCGGCUUCCUCUCAGCUCUGCGCUUUCUUUUGUCUGCCUUACUCCACAGCUUUCUGCGCUUUAGUAUCUGUGUAAUUACAUAACCCCCUUGCUGCCCUUGGAAUCUCGAUGACCGCGAAUCAGCCCCUUGUUACCAGCGCGUCAAGUGAUUGAAUGAUCCGUCGAACCGAAAUAGACUAGCAUCGCGAGAACCUUGCUGUCCACCACCUACAUACUGCAGCCGCCAUUGACACUUCCAGGUUCCAUCUACUUGUACCACCACCGAUAUAAGCAGCUGUAUGUAAAGCGACAACUUCCCAACUUCCUAAUCCAACUCCAACCCCCAACACGCUCAAAAGGGAAACUCUGCGGGGAUCGUUCCAUCCAAGCCAAGCCCAGCCCAGCCCACCGCACGGCGCAACCUGGGGCUCCAAGGCCAAGGGCUCGGACACCAGGACCGACGUCAGGAAUUACCCUACUUGAAAAAGGGCAGGUCAAGAGGAGAGACAUCGAAAGGGCUUGCAACGUGUAGGACGUCCCGCACCAGGUCGACAACUCGUCGCCAUUUUCGGGCAGACCAACACAUCUUGCCGUUCGCAUCUCGGGCCUCUGGUUCGCCGGUCCAGCAAUCGUUUCCGAUAGCAGCCGCCUCGCUUCCCACAAACAUUUCUCGUCCCACGCAAAUCACCACAAACCGUAAUAUUCUAGGGACACACAACAUAUUCCUCACCUCCAAACCCUCAUAUCCGCCGUUUAGACACAACAUUCGGGAGUCGUGCCAGCGACGUUCUGGUUCCAAAUUGGAAUGCCAUCCACCAUGCCGUCCCAGCGUCCCUUUUUCCUGUCUACCUUCUUCGCCGCCUUCCGCCAACAACCACCUUCUUCGCUCUACAAUGGUCAACAACCCAACAAGAAUGCCACAGCGACGGCGCCAGGCGGCGCGACUGCCCAAGCGAAUCCCACGAACUCCGCCGGCACUGUAGCGACGCCGCGCACAAUCACUACAUCCUCGAGCAACCAAGCAUCGUCAUCAAGCUCUCCGCCUGGGCGCGAAGGUGGUGUUAUGGGACAACUUCCUCUGUCACCGCGCUCGAAUCACUCGGGUAUACCCAUUCCAGAAGGGAACCGACACCAUCGUCAUCACCAUCACAACAGUAGGAGGAGAGGGAGUGACAGCAGCAGUGAGGGCUUCCGCGAGGUGUCCGGCGCAGAAAAACUAUACAUUGGGGGAAGGACAGCAACAGGCGAAGAAAAGUUCUUCAAAUUAGGUGUUGUACGGCGAAUUAGGAGUGGGGAUAGGUUGAGCUUGGAUCGAUUGAGUCUUUGAAAGAGAAAAGAGAAAAGAGAAGGAUGUCGACAUCUUGUCCGCCGGCACCAGUAGUGAAAGCCCCCGUGGCCUUUUUUGGUUCGUGCCAUAUAAGAACGUUUUCCGGCGACAGGGCAAAAAUCAACAGCAAAAUACGACCUCACACACACACACACACACGCAUACACAUAGCGACACGGACAUAGCAUGGACAUAUGGGAUAGACCUCGUCGAAGCAGUACACUGCAGGGUGGUCAGGACGUCUCAACAGAAUGUUGUUACAGGGGGCGUCAAACGGUUUUUUCUUCUAUCAGAUAUUCAAAGGUGGCGUUAGGUGAAGGGGCAAAGGAAAACAUUAUAUUUGGAAACGGGGGCAAUCAGCUACAAUCACACUUUACGCUAUGCUAUAUGUUAUCAAAAUGCUAUCGGCGUGUAUAAACAGCACUUUGUAUUUCAAUCAGUUAUCAUAAGCACCGUUAGAGGGUGUUGUAAGACUGCACUAAAAAAGCACAAUGACGCCGUUUGGUAUAUCUCACUCCGGAACAAUCUCAGUUCUUCAUUCUAU